AUGAAUGAAUUCUUUAAGAGAAAUGAAAUCAUUAAAGAUGCAGGUGAUACAAUUAAGGCUAAUGAUAUGGAAGAUGGAGCUGUGGAAAUAACAGAGGCGAUUGCAGAGGUUUCCUGUCUUCAUGCCCUGCGGUUAGAAGGGAACACUGUGGGUGUUGAAGCUGCAAAGGCUAUUGCUGAAAGCUUAUCCAAGAGGCCAGAAUUGAAGAGGAUUUACUGGAACGAUAUGUUCACAGGUCGACUGCACUGUGAAAUUCCACCAGCAUUGAAGUCACUUGGUGAAGCCAUCAUAUUGGCUGGGGCUGAGCUGACAGAGCUGGAUUUGAGUGAUAAUGCAUUUGGGCCAGAUGGAAUUCAGAGCUGCAGAGAUCUUCUGAGAAACAGAAGCUGUUUCACCCUCAAGGAGCUGAGACUUAAUAACUGUGGCCUUGGAACUGAAGGAGGAAAGAUUUUAGCCAAAGCUUUAAAAGAGUGUCAUAAGGAAUCAAGUGCCAGGGGACAGCCGUUAGCUCUGAAAGUUUUUGUGGCAGGCAGAAAUCGUCUGGAGAAUGAUGGCGCAGCUCUGUUGUCAGAGGCCUUUGGGCUCAUUGGAACUUUAGAAGAGGUUCAGAUGCCGCAGAAUGGAAUUACCCAUCAGGGUAUCAGUGCUUUGGCCCUGUCUUUCACAAAGAACGCAAACCUCCGUGUCCUUAACCUCAAUGACAAUACCUUCACUGAAACUGGGGCCAUCUACAUGGCAGAGGUAUGUCUACAUCUCUUAGAGCUGCUGCACCUUAAAUAG